AUGGGCUUCUCUGGAUUCUCGUCGGCUGGGAAGCUUAAGCUUGGCGUUCAUCUCCUGCUCAUCGUGCUGGACAUCGCCGCUCUCGCAUUUGCAGCGCGUGUCAACGUCUUCCAAGAGUACUACUUUAUGGCGGAUCUCUUCCCGCUCGGUCUCGCCGCUGCCACCCUCGCCAUCCUCGUCUUCACCACUGGCCUCGACCUCCUCCUCGAGAGCGUCCCUACUGCCCGCCCUGCCGUUGAAGUAGGCAUCCUCUACGUCCUCAGCAUCUUCUGGCUUGCCUUCAACGCGUUUUCGACCUCCCGCUGGCACAAUGUUCCCUUGAACUGCAGCGUGAUUCCGGACGACUACGCGGACAUGCGCGGCUGGUGCGUCGACGUCCAGGCCCUCAAGGCGUUUGUGUGGAUCUUGUUUGUCGGACUCUUCCUCACCGCAACAUUCACGCUCCGCUACGCGAUCAGCGAGCACCGCCAGGGCCGCACGCACGUCUGGUCCGGCUCGCUCUCGCGCUACGAGGCCCGCGACACGGCCGGCAACGAUGGCUUCCGCCAAACGGGCACAGACUACUUCGCGCGCGGCCAUUCUGCGUUCGAGAAGUUCUAG